GCGGAGGGGCGGGGCGAGAUCGGUUGCACCGCCAGCGGUGACAUAGGCCUGGGGGCCGGCGUGUCCUUGGCCAGAGACGGGGGCGCGUUGGUGCAGGUCGGGGACGAGGAGCAUUCAUAAUGGGUGACUUCGAGAAGGGCAAGAAGAUCUUUGUGCAGAAAUGCGCCCAGUGCCACACAGUCGAAAAGGGAGGCAAGCACAAGACCGGACCCAACCUGAACGGACUGUUUGGACGGAAGACUGGGCAGGCUCCAGGUUUUAGUUAUACAGAUGCCAACAAGAGCAAAGGCAUCACCUGGGGAGAGGAAACACUGAUGGAAUACUUGGAAAAUCCCAAGAAGUAUAUCCCUGGCACAAAAAUGAUCUUCGCCGGCAUUAAGAAGAAGGGCGAAAGGGCAGACUUGGUAGCAUAUCUCAAAAAAGCCACCAAGGAGUAAUAGUUGUUUCCUGCCUUAUUUAUUUCAGAAAAGGGAUGUGUCCUGUGAAUGAUUUUUUUUCUUUUUUUUUUUUUGUACAUGCACCAUACCUCUACCCUUCGAUUAGUCUCAUCGACCAGAAAGUUAUAAAUGGCUGUUCGGAUUUAUUGUUCUAGUCAUGACUUAAAAAGAAUUGUGUAAACAAGAUUGGCAUUUGUUUUAAUGAUUAUGAGCAUGCUUUCUGUGUUUUUGUAGUCAUUCCAAAUCACUUCAAUUGAACGGUCACUUUUUUAAAAAAAACAAAAAACUAGACUACCCAAGUCUGGUGGCUAGUGAAGUCUCGACUUGAAAGGAUCUUUAACUCCACCCCUCAAAAGAACCCGGGAGAAAUGACUCUUUUAAUUUUGUAGUAGUAUCAAGUUAAAUAACUAUUUUAAGCACUGAGGGAAAAGAAUUGCCUUGCAUGAGAAAGGAAACCCUAGUUGCCGUCUGCAAAAAAAAAAAGGUGCUUUUAAAUAACAAAUGCUUAGCCUGCUACCCAAAUGAAUGGGAUAGAGGGGCUGGGCCACUGAAUAAAAAUAAAAUUGGGUGUCCCACAGUCGAUGCCUAUUCAUUUUGCUGUGGUUUAAAUAAAAUUCUAGUUUUAUGACCUGAUUAGAGAAGUGCCGAGGCAUUUUAAUAUGUUCGUCAAAUCUCCUAGAAUACGGGUUUCCCAGUUUCUAGGACAGAAUCUUCACAGAUCAAGUAUCGAGCGACGGCUAAGCCAAGAUUAAUGGGUUUAUGCCGAAGGAAUUGAAAUCAGACUCGUGAUCACUGUUGGCUCGUCGUUUAGGGUACCCGGAUCAAGCUAAACGGGUAGCUGUGAGUACUGGGCCAUAAAGCACCUUCAUUUAAAGAUGACUGUAGAGAAUUAUAUUGUUCAAAAUGUAAAAAUUUGCAGACAAACGUGUGAAUACUGUACCAUGUUUUCUUAAACUUCUCUGGAAGGUUAGAAGUGUAGAUGACCAUCCACACAGUUUGUAAAUGGUGUGAUCAAUAACAUAAUUAAAACUCUUCUGAACAUA